CCCCCCGCCGUCGCCUUGCCCCUUCCCCCUCAGGCCUGCUCUGCCCCCACCCCCCCAAAGAGCUGACCUGCCCCUUCCCUCUCAGGCCUACUCUGCCUCUCCCCACACCUCACCCCUUCCCCCUCAGGCCUGCUCUGUCUCCCCCGUCCCUUCCCCCUCAGGCCUGCUCUGCACCCCCCCCCACAAAAAGCUGACCUGCCCCUUCUCCCUCAGGCCUGCUCUGCCUCCUCCCGCGCCUCGUCCCUUCCCCCUCAGGCCUGUUCUACCCCCCCCCCCCCAAAAAAAAAAAAAGCUGACCUGUCCCUUCCCUUCAGGCCUGCUCUGCCCGCCCCGCUCUGGUGGCCCCCGGGGCGCCCUGUCCUCCUCUGCUUUGGUAGCCCCCCUAUCGCCAUCCCUAGCUUUGGCCUUAGAGCGCCCCUCCCCUCCGGCUCCUGCAGAGCUCCAGGGCUGCUCCCAAAUGCGCUACGGACCCUUUGGCUUCCUCCCUCCAAUAAAAACGCUUGCCGCCUCUGGCCCCAUAUGCCGAGCUGCUAGUCGGCAGCUGCUCCGGGCUUUAUUGCUGGCUUCAUGCACACAGGGUUGCAUGGCCUGGCAUCCUCCCCUCCCCUCCCCCUAGGAGAGAAAAGUGUGUGUUUGGAGUGGGUGGAUUCCCCACUGUGGGCUUACCUGGACUGGGGAAAGGCAGCGUUAGGAAUGGUGUUAACUAACAAUCCAUGCAGACUAACACAGCUGCUACUCUGAAAUCCAUGCUUUGUCCUUCCUGGCAAUCAGGCUAUGAAAGAGAUGUUCCUGGACAAUAUGAAACAGAAUUUAGAAACUUUAUUGUCUGGCUCGAAGACCAGAAAAUCAGACACUACAAGAUUGAAGACCGAGGAAAUCUAAGAAACAUACACAAUGACGAAUGGCCUAAAGCCUUUGAAAAGUAUCUGAAAGAUGUUAACUGUCCCUUCAAGAUACAAGAACGACAGGAAACAAUUGAUUGGCUUCUUGGGUUAGCUGUUAGGCUUGAGUAUGGAGAUAAUGCUGAUAAGUAUAAGGACUCCACGCCUGACAGUGCUAAAAAUACUGAUAAUGCAGCAAAAAAUGCAGAGCCACUGAUAAACUUGGAUGUGAAUAAUCCUGACUUUAAGGCUGGAGUGAUGGCUUUGGCUAACCUUCUUCAAAUCCAGAGACAUGAUGACUAUUUGGUAAUGCUUAAGGCAAUUCGCAUUUUGGUUCAAGAGCGCUUGACUCAGGACGCCAUAGGAAAGGCAAAUCAAUCAAAGGAGGGUUUGCCUGUUGCUUUAGAAAAGCACAUUCUUGGUUUUGACACAGGAGAUGCUGUUCUUAAUGAAGCUGCCCAGAUUCUUCGAUUGCUGCAUAUAGAGGAACUCCGAGAGCUGCAAACAAAAAUUAAUGAAGCCAUCGUAGCAGUUCAGGCAAUUAUUGCUGAUCCAAAGACAGACCACAGACUGGGGAAAGUUGGAAGAUGAGCAAGUGAAGACUAUAGUCUCCUGUGUACUUCGUACAGUUAGGAGCUAUGUACAACUCUGGCAUGCAUUUUGAAGUGGAUAUUCCACUCUUUUGAAAGAAAGCAAAGAGGAAAUGGAAUCCUGACUGGUCUAGUGAAUUACCAUCAUUUUUCUUUUAAAUAAAGUUGGGGAAAUGCUAAA